UAAGCCAGUGCACCUCCUGAACAGGUGAAUUGCAGUGGAUGAAGAAGGCACAAGUUCAUUGCUGGUUUUGUACUGCUUCUCUAGGCCAGAAAUUCAAUAACACAUUUGUGAAUAUUUUGAACCCAGGAAGCCUGCAAGCUGAGCAGCUUGUACAAGGUCCUGCUAUCCAGUGCUGGAUCAACCUGUAAUAUUUCUCUUUGAACCUCACGGACUGACAGCUUUCUGCUCCUCAGUCCCUCAUCCCUUCCUUCUCUCCCUUCCUCUUUCCAUAUUUCCCAUUGUAUAAUUGGAUAUCCUGAAUAUGUUAUCUUAUAUUUUUGGUGUCUAAUAAUGUCAGACACUACCCAUGUCCCCUCUGCUGUCCAUGUGUCUGUCUUUGGUCUGAAGUCUUCUCACUAGCCUCCUCAUUCUGCUUCAGAAGUGUUCCAGCCCUUCCUUCCUCACCCUGGCAUGACCCUGCAAAUCCCAAACCCACGCCCCUCCUAUUCCCAGACUCGAGAGCUUCUCAUUAAGGCAGUACCCCCACAUCUAAUCUGCUCCUUGGUGUGUGGGGGAAAGGAAUGUCGAUAUGAGGGACCUGGUGAAUGGACUCUACAGCAGCAAGCAAUCCGGGGUGUGUUCUCAGCAUGGGUCACUGAUGAUAUCUUGGCAAUGGCAAGACCAUCCACACAGCUUAUUAAGAAGUUUAACAUCAUCAAACAGUUCCAAGGAUUAAAUAUUAAGUCUGUGAUAAACCUACAAGUACCUGGUGAGCAUGAUCAUUGUGGAGACCCUUUGGAAUUGAAGAGUGGAUUUUCAUACUUACCAGAGACCUUCAUGGAGAAUAAUAUAUACUUCUUUAACUUUGGAAUGGCGGAUUUUGGAGUCUCCUCUCUGGUUCGUGUGUUGGACGCAGUGAAGGUGACAUCAUUUGCCAUACAGGAGGGGAAGGUGGCAGUGCAUUGUCAUGCAGGGCUCGGAAGAACAGGAGUCCUGAUUGCUUGUUACCUGGUUUACGCCACACGGGUCAGUCCCGGCGAAGCCAUACACUUUGUCCGGAUCAAACGUCCUUGCUCCAUCCAGACCCGCACUCAGAUUAACUUAGUUUAUGACUUUGCCCAGUUUGUAGACUCUCACAGGACAAUGUUCACCGAUGUGAGUUUGCAUGCCCACCCUAUCACCUUGAAGCAGUACCUCUACCGCCAACAGUAUCUCCUGCAUGGAUAUGAGGCCCGGCAUCUCAAACAUGUGCCCAAAAUAGUGGACUUCAUCUGCAAGAGGCUUCUGCAGAUAGCAUUUGACAAGGACGACUCCUCCAUGGUACAGCUGGAGGUACAAAGGGAAGUGAUUGACCGCACACUGACCCUGUACAUCAGAGAAACUAUCACUUCCUUCAUUAACUCACCAGAAUUUCUCCUAGCAAACCAGGAGCCAGAAGACCCUGACAAUUCACUGAGGCCUCCUACCUCUGCAGCUGGCUUAUUUGAUCAGGCUUCUUUGCCUGGUUGGGAUGCAAAAGCUCAACCCAGAAUGAUGCCAAGAUUAUUGCGGACUGUCAGCGAUUCCAAUCUUCCUGGAAUCAUCAGCACAUAUCAAACACAGGGCACCUGUACACAGCAACCUUUGCCAAUGGGCCAACGUCGAGCUGCGGCUUUGGAACUUGUCUUCAGUGGGCCUACCAAUCCAGUGAAACGUUCUUUCAGCUAUGAGGGGAGGGAGAACCUUGUUAGAGACAGAAACAUGGUGCAGACUGAUCAUGUAGCAGGAUUCAAGCUAGCAAGGCAUGGGAACUCUUUACUGACCAACACCGACCUUUUGUCUACAACCUCAACAAAGAGCAAUGUCCAUUGGAGAAAAUCAGUAAAAGAAUCAAGCAGAAAAAUGAAUAAACAUGGGCAUCUCCUGGAAGAGGUUGCCAGGGCAAUGUCAGAGGGUUCACCAACGGACAACGACUUUUUGGUGAAAGUCCGUCUCUGGAAGAUGGAGCUAAAUGAGAACGAAGGGGCAUGGGGUCGCCUGACUGCAGAACACGAUCCCAGGGUUCUCAGCAUGCUGAUGUGGAGCUGGCUGGAACACCUCAAGAAGCCAGUUCUGUGCUCGGAAGAUGUAGUGACACUGCUGUCUAAUCACGCAGUUAAAGGGACUCCAUGGGAUCUGGAAAAGUGUCAGGAAGGAACAAUCAAUUGCAUCUUGGAUUGUAUCAGUAAAUUCACCGGCCUACCCUCCACAUUGGAAGAUUCCAUAAUUCACCGAAUGAUCCUGGCACUGACUCAGAGCUGUGAAGAGGAUGUGUUGCAUUUCACUGCCUUGUUGCAGAAACUGAAAAUGAUCAUCAGAGAAAAGCGCUCACAUUACAUCUUCAACAAGGGAGUGGCAAAAACAAAAAUGUUGAAGAUUUCCUUGCACGGGGAGGAGAGCAAAUGAAAAUAAAAAGUCUGGUUUAAGCCCCUGUAAAUUUUUUCAAGUACUGCCAAACAUAAGGUGGCAUUUGGAGUGUAUGGUGGAGGGUGAGAGAAAGUGGGGAGAAAGUAGCUAGGGAUCGGUAGUUAUUGAACUGAGGCAGCUAACUUCCUGGGUUAUGGGUCAGAAUGUCUCUGUGUGCUCCCCGAUUGUUGCUGAUGAUGGGUUCAGAGAAGGAAGGAUUUUUGUUCAUUAUGAUUUCAUUCCACUAAUUGGUUUGGAAUUCCAGGGACAGCCAGGGAGAUUCUCACUUCAACGGUGUACAGCUCAUGUGAACCCAUUUGGUUACUACCUCCUACAAAAUGCACGUUGGAAUAAAGAUGGCUAAGACCUUGGAAGGAACUUUGGCAUGCAGAAUAGUGUGAAAAAUGUGGGAAGAUGAUUAUUGCAGUUAUAUCAGUAUAUUUGCUGCAUGCUUUAAUGACGUAGCUUAGCUGCAUGAAUUUUGCCUGAGUUGCAUUAUAUUAAACAAGCUUGGCACUGCUUCACAUUC